AUGAUAACCACGCGGUCACUGGGUUCGCGGAGCUCGUUUGACUCUGGGUUUCCCAGCAAUUCCAGCUCCAUUUCACUGUCGAGCGACAGGGAACUCGUCCACCAAGCCUGCGUUUCUCUCCGAAAAAUGCCGGUGGAAGUGCAAGCUCUGGAUCUGAGUACAAACACCAGGAAACCUCGUCGACCGCUCAAAAACCUGAAAGCUCUCUCCGAACUGACCAACCUCGUGCAGCUGGACCUGUCGGGAAACGCUGUUGAACGGCUGGAGGGGCUGCAAGUGUUCACGCAGUUGAAGACUCUAGCGAUGCCGCGUAACCAUCUCAAGACCUUGUCGGCCCCACUAUUCGCACUCAAAGUACUAACCCACUUGGAUUUAUCCGGCAACUUCAUCGCUCAUUUGCCACGCGCUUUUUCCGGGUUGACCAUGCUGGAAGAGCUCAAUCUCUCGGGAAAUAACCUGGGAACACUGCGUGAGGUGGAUGUACUGGCACCGCUGGCGAACUUACUGUCUUGUAGCCUCGCAGCGAAUCCAUUCUGCCGUCUGCCCACGUAUAAAGACUACAUUCUCUGCAAGAUCCGGUCAUUGGAGCGUCUCGACGACGUCGAGAUCUCUCGAAUCGCUCGUGAUAGAGCCGCCAAGCGCUUUGGCAACGCUAUGUUCUCCCAGGACGCGUGUCUGCGCGAGGCCGAUCGAGUGCACGAAGACGAACAGAACCGGUUACUGGAAGCUCAAAGCGCGUUGGAAGCUGAGAAUUUGAGGCUGAAAGGCGAACUGCAGGUCAAGUCCAAGCUGCUGCAGAAUAAAUCGAGAGCCUGGUCCAGCGCUACGGAACAGCUACUGCAGUUGCAGCAGGAGGUGGCGAUGCUCAAUCUUGACCGUCGACGGUCCGUAUCCCUAGUAGAUGAUGAGCCUAGCGACGCUGAGCAGAUAGCGAGGGCGAUCGCAGCGCGACAUCGACCCACCAACUCCACGCAACAGCGACCACAGUCCGCUCCACGGAUGCCGUCACCUGAGCGGAGUGUUGAGAAGAGAAGAGGGUCCUUUUCGGACCGCGAUUUACAGCUCAGACGGAGUGAAGAGGCUGAAGAUAUUACCAUUGAGUCGCGAGAUGCAGCGUGUAUGCCAAUGUCUCCAGGUGUGAAUGAGGCAUUGAAGCGCAGCAGGAGAAAAAUGUUCGUGGACGCAUCCUGCUCUCCGCUGCGGGUAAUUCCACCCGCGAUUAUUACAAAUCUUCCCAGUGAGCAAGACGAUCAUGAAGACGAUGCUGGCGUUGCAGACGGAGAAGAUGAAGUAAAGGUUCAAGAGUACGAACAUGAAGGAGAGCUAUCGUCGCCACCUCAGACUUGGGAACAAGAGGAGAUAAUUCCCUUGACUCGGACGACUACCCCUCCAGCAAUGAGCUCAUCUUCCGUUCGACAACAGCGUGAAAGUGCCCAGAGUCUUAAUCAGGUGCACACAACUCUGUCUGAAAUGGACCCUCAACCUGAUAAACCCCCACGACCGGUCCGUCGUGCAUCUGCGUCCUUGCAAAUCAGCCUCAAAGACGACGAAGCGUUGAGCGUGAAUGAUCUCAACAGUAGUCGAUCGUCACGAUUCCCCACCUUUGAAGACGACACAGGCUGUCCAGCUUACGAAGACACACAUUACCCAGCGUUGCAAGCGCGGUCAUCAUCUGCCAGUGCUCUUGGCAACCGAGGAAGGAAUUCGUACUACGAAAGCACCUCGACAAUGUUACCUGCCGGUAGUCACUCGCUUCCGCCUUCCCCAACGAACUCCCCAUCACGGAUACGCCAAUGGUACCGUAAGCAGAAUGAACUACGGCUUCUGACUCCGCCACCUUCACCUCCUAGACGGAGUCCUUCACGGUACAAGCCAUCUCGUCCACCAGCCGAAGCUUCUCCACUCGCUCCAUUUGUCGACAAAGACGUGCUGGCCCGACAGAUUCAGGCUCUGCAGUCGUGCAAACAAUCGCUCUUGACGGAGAUCCGAAACGAGGAGCACCUGCUGCACGUACUGAAGCAGGAGAGUGCACAGUACGCAGACCAGAUCGACUGCUUGAGUGUGAAUAUCCAGGCGUGUCUGGAUGGGGACCCCAGCGCUAUACGCUUCAGCUUUUCCCCACCAGGUUCACCCCGGGGCAAGAGCAAGAAACUACGAGACGAAGAAACUGGACGCGCUCGACUUGAAAUCCUGCGGAACAAACUUCGGUUCGCUGAAGAUAAGGAGAAGGAGAUCGAGACGACAAUGGUGCGCAUGACCAAGCGCGUGUUGCAUGCGGAUCUGAGUGGGAACUCGAAUAUCCGAGAAAAGUUUAGCCCCGUUGAGUCUUCGAAGCCCCCCGACGUGCAGUUCGACAAGGAGAUCUUCGCUCUUACGCACAAGUUGCAGCUCGUGAUCGUGGAGAAGGAGGAAAUCCACAUGCAAAUGAGGCAACUCAUGGCUCAAUUACGUGGGCAAACUACCGCAGAGAUUAACUUUGACGACGAUGACGGGGGGUUGACAGAAGGUAAAGUCACUUCAAAGCAGGUUUUAUCCUUGGCGAAAAGUCGACAAAUGGUGGAUGAACUACGCACUCGCCAUCGUGAAGUGACUGAGAGGAUUCUCCUAAAGGAGAGAAGGAUUUCGUCACUUCUCGAGGAACUGAGGGAGGUGGAGGCAGAGCUACAGCACAUCAGCUCCUUGAACGUGUCUUCAGCUGUCAGUCCACUAUUCCAGCGCGAGCGUACAGCUACUCUGGAGUUUUUCAAAGCAAAAAUUGGCAUUGAUAAGCCUUCCAACGACGGGGGUCUGAUACCUCCGAAUCUUCAGUUUAAGGAGUUACUCAGCCCGGACAUGCUGGAGGAGAUUAAGGCUGAUAUCUACGAGAAGCUGUCGCAGCAGCUCGCUACCAGAUCGGACGAACGCUCUGCAGAUGGAGGAGCUCGACCUGACUUACACCAAGCCAUUGCUGCAGCAUUGGACACUCGACUUCAGCUCGGAACCAACGCUCCUCAGACGACAAAAGACGCUGAAAAUUCCACGGACGAAGUUUGCUGCGACCGAUUCGACGAGUUUGCUCCUGUUGACGCGUACUACGCGCGGAAGUUCGUGAUGGCGAAGGACCGAGUGGCUGCGUUUGUCGAGAGUAUCACCGAGGACGAAGGAAAUACAACCGCGAUGGCAGCGACGCACGUGACGAGCGCACAGCGGAUCCUGAAGAUAUGUGAACGACUGGACGCUGCAGAAGCGAGGAGCAAGUUCGACCCUGUUAGCAAGAUCGAGGUGGACCAACAAGGCAACAGUCGAGGCUCCCUGAAGGUCCAGCUCUUGGCUGCUCGUGACCUCCCGACUGCCCAUUUGAGGACGAAAAACCUGGAUCCGUAUGUGUGCCUGGAGGUUGUCUAUCCUUCCCACGCUCUGCCACCGUCACUGAGUGCACACGCAGCAGUGGGGAGAGUUUUCCGCAGUCAGACGAAGAAGAAGAGCAUCUAUCCUGUUUGGGAAGAAGACUUCGAGUUCGCUCCGAUCUUGUCCCUGAACGGAUACCUCCACGUGCGCGUCCUCAACGACCGCAGGCUCAGUCGGGAGCAGCUCGUAGGCGAAACUCGAAUCCCUUUACACACUUUGCUGCACCAGAAGCGCACCGUGGAGUGGUUUUCGCUGGGGCUGAACGUUCCGUCGACAUCUUCUGGCUCAACAAGUGUGGUUUCCAAGCUUUGCGGUGGCGCGGUGAGACUCCAGCUGCAGUUGUAUUACUCGAGUGUCGAGAGGUACAAGCACGUGGUGGACGAAUUGGUGACGCGAUACCUUCACGACCACAACCAGUUGCCGGCGUUCAUCGACGCCAUCGAGAACCGCGUGGAUCAAACGCUGGUGGUGGAGCAGCCGGAGCAGAACGGCAUUGAAUUAACACCACCAACAGCAAAUGGCUGCGAGCCUGUCGUGUUUGAUCAACGACGACAAAUGGACGCAGACACUCACUUCCCUCUCGACGAGCUUGCGACCUCGCUCCCCCCGUACACCGUCACGAGAACAACCAAGCCGGACGCUCCACCAUCGCAAACUAUGAACACUCAGGGAUCGACGCAGUUGUCCUCAGAGCGGAGGAAGUCUCUGUGGGAUACAAAACCCUCAGCACCGAGUGAACGAGCCGCUGCUGUUGAUGACAAGAAACCAUACUUUGGGUUUUCUGCGAGUGGAACAGAGCGGAGGAGGCAGCAGCCAGCGUCUGUGUUGACAAUCGCGGGGGGUCUACGUCGCAGUCAAACACCUACAGCGCAGUCCAAGAGGAUACGCAACGCUGCCGCUCUACAGCAUCAGAGGAGGAGGAGUAUGGAGACGCCCGAGUGUUUUGACGAGUACAGUCCGUACCACCCGGCCUUCAAGAGCGUUGAUGUGCUCGACGGGUGCAACAAUGAGCUUGGUGGUGGAGGUGGUGGUGCUGGGAGGAAUCCUCGCAUCACACCGAGAGCUGCCGAUGUGAACCGGAAGACGGACCUGAGCAUUUUCAAGAGCCCGAGCUUGACUCGCCGGCCGCCCAGCUCUGGCUUCCCAGAGCGGUACAUUGGCCUGGACAACCAGACGUGCGAGCGGCUCAAGCGGAUCUUCGGACGGAUGGAUGGCACGCCCGGCACCUAG